AUGGGGGAAUUGACGGGGGAGAUUCUGAGGAGAAACCCUCCAGAUUGGGGGAAAAUUGACCCUGCUGAUAAUGCUCUGAUCCAUAAGUACGAGAACCAAGGCAGAAAGUGGUUCAGCCGUCUGCUCGUUCUGAAACUCGAUCCUCCUGGGGCAGAGGGCCCAGGCGGAGUCGCCAAUCCCAUGAACAUCAACUCUUUCAACAGCUUCGUGGCGGGCAAACUGGGAGCCGAUCCCGAGGGUCUGGGUUGGCAGCGCGCGGCUCCCCGGACAAACGCCAUCGAGCGGGAAUGGCGAGGAGGCGAGAACAGUGCACAAAUGGAAGGCUCGUUCGGCCCAAUCCGACCAAUAUUGGAGAACCUCAAGGUCGGCAAGAAUUCGGGGGCAGAGUGGGACAACGAACGCAAUGUCAAUGGCGCUGUCUAUCCACAUGGUGCCAAUCUCGGCUAUUCGCAAUUGCAGGACAUUGCUUACCGGCUCCAAUCAAGCUAUGAACGGUACGAGGGAGAGCAGAUGGAGGCAACAGGUGCCUUUUACCACAAUUGGUUCAACGUUGUCGACGGCGUCAUAGUCGUGUCUCGCGGUAUCAGCCCGCGAAAGAUGGCCCCGAACCGACCACAGGACAAGCUCCCUAUGCAUCGCUACUGGUCAGACGUGGUGUAA